AUGUAUUCAUAUCCGCAGCCGCCGGCGCGCUCGCCGGGCCUCGACGCCAAUGCUGCUGAGUCGGGCUACCCAAGGGACAGCGAUCCCUCCACCAUGGACCAUCCGGAUCAGGCUUCCGGCCAGGACGCGGGCCCCAAUUCGAGGGGCGGCGCGGGUACGAAACCCAUCCGCCGCCGCAAUCGUAUGAUUAAUAGUUGCCUUGAAUGCCGUAAGCGGAAAUUGAAGUGCAGCAAAACCUCCCCAUCCUGCCUCAAUUGCCUCAAGUCCGGUCGGGAUUGCCUGUACAUCGGCCCCAAGCUCGACGAGGCCAGCCAAUUGCGCUUGGCCGAGAUCAAGGAAAAGCAAGGUUCGCUCGAACGGCAGCUCGAACGCGAUGUUGCCAAGUCCACGACCUCGAAAAGUGCCCUGCAGCAGCGCAUAUUGGCCGAUGAGGUCGAGGACGACUACGAUGAGGAUCGUGAUCUCGAGGCGACGCCCAUGGUCGCUCUGGACCUGACCUACGAGGACGAUGCGGAUGGCACGGAUGAGAUGAUCGACUUGGGCAUCCAGAUUGGGAAGAUGCGCAUCACGGAGAGGAUAGGCGGCCUCUCGAGACCGAGAAUAUCAGAAGAGAUAUCCGCCGGCCUAUCGGGUCAGCGUCCACCAGGAGCUCCAGGACCCGGAUAUGGAGGACCACAUCCGGCCGGUGUUCCCGCGGGUAUGGGUUCGGGGCCUGGGCCGGACAAUAUGUCCGAUGGAGGCACAUCUGACAUGUCAAUCCCUGACUUUCUGAAGCCUGGCACGCAGUAUAUCCCCCCGACAAGCGGGUUCUUCUUUGGGCAGGUUGUGGAGCAGCCGUCACUUCUCUCAUUUCUGCCGCAUAGGGCUGCAGCGGAUCGGCUGAUGAGGCGAUACUUCAUCUCAGUCCAUCCUAUUGCUCCCUGCUCUCACCGGCCGACGCUGGAGGGCACGUAUGCUACGUUUUGGGAAGAGAUCACGUCGGGGUAUGAGCCUCGACCCUCGUCACAGGCCAUCGUCUUUGCCGCCAUGUUCAGCGGCGCAGUGAGUAUGGAUGAGAGUGAAAUAUUCGGCGAACUGGGUGGCUACUCGAAAAGCAACUGGACCGCAAGCUUGAAAAUGGGAACCGAGACAGCCUUGGGUAAAGCCAACUUCCUGAGGACUACCAAGGUAGAGACCAUGCAGGCUUUCAUUAUGUACAUGCUACCACUCUGUAGAGCUGAGAUCUCGAGAGCGCAUUCCGUUCUCGUUGGCGCAGCUGUCAGGAUGGCCGAAUGUAUGGGGUUGCACCGGGACGGCGAAGCAUACGGACUGACACCGUUGGAGACUCACGUUCGACGCUUGAUUUGGCAUCAGCUAUGUUUCCUAGACAUUCGUACCUGUGAGGCCCAGGGACCAAAGCCUGUCAUAAGGAGGGACGAUUACGACACCAAGCUACCCCUGAAUUGCAAUGAAGAUGAACUGACCCAUGCAGCCAUUGCACCGGAGUCCUCAGACCACUGGACAACCAACACGCUGCCGUUGAUAAGAUUUGAGGUCAAUGAGAUGAUGCGAAUCAUCUGGCUUGAUCGGCGCAGGUUGGAGAACCGGAAGACUACUCUUACUGCAGUUCUCACCAAAAUCGAGAACUUCAGACGCCGCAUGUCUGAGAAAUACGACCACCUUCUAGACGUGAGCCAGCCGAUACAACGCUACGCAAGAUGCGUGAUGUAUCUGCUUACAUACCGUCUCCACGUCAUGGUCCUUCAUCCAUAUCAUUCCAACGCGGCGAAUCCUAUGCCUCCCCGGCUGAGCUCACUCCUCAUCACAUCCGGAAUCGUGAUUUGCGAGAUGGCAAUACAGCUGGAAACGAACCAGACCUUUCAAGACUGGGCAUGGUAUCUGGGCGCCUAUUUUCAGUACCAGAUCGCUCUGCUUCUGGCAACUGAGGUCUACUUUCGGCCACAGUCGAGAGAAGCAGAUCGGAUAUGGGCAUGUCUGGACUACGUCUUUGGCAUGGACCGCCGGUUGCCACCUGAGGUCAAGGGACCGCAACUUCUGGCAGAAGUUCAAGGCAAAUCUGCUGUCUACAUGCGCAUGCGCAAGAUGCGUGGUCCCACCACCACUGCCAGGGCACAGCCAGCUCAGAACGUGGUGGAAGGAACGCGAAGAUCGUCCUCGGCUCCGGCACCCGUUGCAUACCCACGUCAAUCGCCGGUAGUCCCAGGGAUGCAGAGUGGUGCAAAGCCAGAGGGCCCCAAUGCUUCCCCUAACGCAGGUGUACCCAUCCCCCAGCCACAGAUGGUGUUUGCCGGAGUCUCCGACGGGCAGGCAUUGUGGAGUCUGCCUGUGAACAAUCACGAGAGCCCUGGCAGCAGUGAUACGUCGAGCGUUGGGCAAACUCAUCAUGUGGGUAUGAACGCAUCGACCGGCCAGCCCAUCGGCAACAUAAUGGACACUAUUGACUGGGAGACCAUGUGCACCCUGUUCCCCAAUGACCCUACAACCGGUGGCUUCACAAUACAAGGCUACCACGAUCCAAACUUCGCUGUGCCGAACUGGGGUGCUUGA